CUUUUUAAUGUGAACAUUGGCGGGUUUGUGAACGCGGUUGGCGCCACAGCAACACAAUUCAGGCGCUGCUGUCAGUGAUAGACACACACACUCGCUGUCCAACAUCACAUUAAAUAUCUUUCUUUACCGUCGAAUAAACUGCGCAGACAUGGCCAAUCUGACAGAGGGAGCGAUAGAGGCUCUAUCAAGUGGUAAUAAUGUCAGUGAGCCGGUGCUGCAGUUGGUGAACAUCCGUAAAAUUGAUGGGGGGAACGGUCCAGUCCGCUUCCGGCUGAUGAUGAGUGAUGGGCUGCAUACAAUGUCCUCCUUCAUGCUCUCCACCCAGCUGAACCCCAUGGCUGAGAAUAACAGACUGGCCCCAAACUGCGUCUGUCAGCUUAAGAAGAAUGUGACCAAUGUGCUGAAGGAUGGACGACGGGUGGUUGUCAUUCUGGACAUGGACGUUAUUAUGUCUGCUGAGGACGUUGGUGGGAGGAUUGGAGAGCCCACUCCUUACACUGACGGUGAUGCUUCAAAACACAGUCAGACUAAAGCCCCUCAGUCGGCCCCCAACCCUCCAGUCCGUCCCCUGCAGCAGCACAAUGGAAAUGACGUGAACAGAGGUUUCAAUAGAGACUUUGGGAAGAAGGCUCCACCUGCUCUGCCUGCAACCCCUGGUGGCGGCUCCAAAGUCGUGCCCAUUGCCAGCCUCAAUCCCUACCAGUCAAAGUGGACCAUCCGUGCCCGUGUCACCAACAAGAGUAGCAUUCGUACGUGGAGCAACUCUCGUGGUGAUGGCAAACUCUUCUCCAUGGAGAUUGUCGACGAGAGUGGCGAGAUAAGAGUCACUGGUUUUAACCAGGAGGUGGACAAGUUCUACAGCCUUAUCGAGACCGGCAAGGUGUUCUAUAUCUCCAAAGGCUCUCUGAAGAUCGCCAACAAGCAGUACUCAUCUUUGAAGAAUGACUACGAGAUGACACUCAACGGAGAGUCCACCAUAAUCCCCUGUGAAGACAGCAGUGAUGUCCCCAUGGUGCAGUGUGACUUUGUCUCCAUUGCUGACCUUGAGGCCAGAGACAAGGAUGCCAUCGUGGAUGUGAUUGGAGUCUGCAAGAGUGUGGAUGAAGUGACCCGCCUCACCACCAAGUCCAGCCGUGAAGUGUCCAAAAGGACCCUCAGUCUGAUGGACAUGUCUGGGAAAGUGGUGAACGUCACACUGUGGGGGGAGGAGGCAGAAAAUUUUGAUGGCUCUGGACAACCCAUUGUAGCGAUUAAGGGGGCCAAGCUGUCUGACUUUGGAGGCCGAUCCCUCUCUGCAUCUUUCAGCAGCACUCUGAUGAUCAACCCAGACAUCCCCGAGGCAUAUAAGCUCAGAGGCUGGUAUGACAAUGAGGGACACGCCAUAGACGGAGAGUCUCUGACUGAGGUGAGAGGUAGCGGUGGAGCAAACACCAACUGGAAGACUCUGGCUGACGUGAAGACUGAGCACCUGGGACAUGGAGACAAGGCCGACUACUUCAGCUGCACUGCUACUGUAGUGUACCUGCGCAAGGAGAACUGCCUUUACCAGGCCUGCCCCAGCCAAGACUGCAAUAAAAAGGUGGUAGACCAGCAGAAUGGCAUGUUCCGCUGUGAGAAGUGCGACAAAGAGUUUCCUAACUUCAAGUACCGGCUCAUCCUCUCUGCAAAUAUUGCAGAUUAUGGGGACAACCAGUGGGUGACAUGUUUCCAGGAGAGCGCGGAGGCCAUUCUGGGCCAAAAUGCUGCUUACCUGGGUCAGCUCAAGGAAUCGAAUGAAUCUGCCUUUGACGAGAUCUUCCAGCAAGCCAACUUCAAUACUUUUGUCUUCCGCAACAGAGUGAAGCUAGAAACGUACAACGACGAAUCCAGGAUUAAAGCUACAGUGAUGGAUGUGAAGCCUGUUGACCAUAAGGAGUACAGCAAGAGGUUGAUCAUGAACAUCAAGAAACUGGCGGCCCAGUAGGAGCCCGUGGUCUGUGCCAAAUGCUUUGGCUGUGCUUGCUUUCCCAUUUUUUCCUUUGUUUCUAUACAACCAACUAAUAGCUCUAGUUUUGUUUCCAAUUUUUGCCCAUGAAGUGUUGUUCUUUUCUUUCCCUAUGAGUUAAUCUGAAGCCUCUGAGAACUAAUGGAACAGUUUUGGCUGUUUGCUACCUUUUUAUUUAUGGAAUCGUGAUUGGUUGGACAAAUCUUUGGAAGCUGCUGGCUUUUUUGCUGAUGAAUGAAACAGUCAGGGAUUGUUUUAGAUGUUGGAAAUAAACAGGGAGUGGGUCAGUUAAAGCAGGAGAGACAUAAUCACUGUGUCUGUCUUAAGUUAGACAGUUAUUCCAUAUAUUGUAGUUAUGCGGGGGUGUAGACUGCUUUAAGCAGAGGGCCAGCACUGUAGCUAGCACUCUUUUCACUCUGACACACAGUCAGAAUGGCUGGGCUGGACCUGCACAUUCCUGAUAAGACCAUUUAUUCUACUCUCCCACUCGUUUUCACUCCCUCUUUCACACAAGCAAACACAAGCACACGUACACAAAUGUACAGAGGUAGACCUAGUGGGAAACUGUACUGCGCUGUAUUUAUGUAGAUACAAGGUGUUGUCCAUAUAUUCUGUACCUCUUUUUUUGAAUGAUUUGUAGUUGCCUUUUUUGGGGACAAUUAAGAGCAAGAAUAAAAAUGUUUAUACUCAAAA